UAUGACCGGCCUUAACCAUGCUCUUACAGGCUACCCACCCUACAAAUGCGCCACAUGAGACGUGUUUAUAUCCUUGCUUUGACAGCAAAUUUGCAUAGCUCAGCUGGUUUGUUCGCGAUCAGAUCUGGGUUCAAUCGUUUGACCGGCACGCGGUACAGGGCUAGACUAGACGCCUAGAACGGCGGAAGCACGGAGCCAUUCUCUCCCUCGUUUAUUUACUACGGCGCGGAGCACAGGGUUACCGGGAGCAUCUCCGCGCACUCGCCACCGUGUCCCAUACCCCGAAGCUUCACCGCCGCCCAUAUUUUAUUCAUCGUGAAGCUCACUCCUGCACUGCCGCCAUAGCCGCCCGCCGCUCCAUUCUUGAUUCUUUGCCGUAUCGCUUCGCCCGUCAGAUGGACCCUGAAUCCGAGGUCACGUUCGAGUUCGUGCCGGUGAUCCGGCAGUACAGGAGCGGCCGCGUCGAGCGCCUGCUCCCCGUGGACCCCGUCCCGCCCUCCGUCCACGCCGUCACCGGAGUCGCCUCCAGGGACGUCGUCUUCGACCCGGCCACCGGCACGUGGGCUCGCCUCUACCUCCCCGCGUGCCAUCCCGACGGCGACAGGCUCCCCGUCAUGGUGUACCUCCACGGCGGCGGCCUCGUCGCCGGCUCGGCCGCGGACGCGCCCGAGCACGCGUUCCUCAACCGGCUGUGCGCCCGCGCGCGCGCCGUCGGCGUGUCCGUCGAGUACCGCCUCGCGCCGGAGCACCCCGUCCCGGCCUGCUACGACGACGCGUGGGCCGCGCUCCGGUGGGCCGCGGAGGGCGCCGACCCGUGGCUCCGUGACCUCGGCGACCGCGGCCGGAUGUUCGUGGUCGGGUACAGCGCCGGCGGCAAUGUCGCCCACCACGUGGCGCUCCGGGCGGGCUCGGAGGCCGACGCGCUCCCCCGCGGCGCCCGGGUCAGAGGCCUCGGGCUCCUGCACCCCUACUUCCUCUCGGCCAAGAAGUCGGCCGACGGCGAGCGCUCGUCGUGGCUGAGGGGCAAGCUGGAGGAGCUGUGGGCGUUCGCGUGCGGCGGGCGCACCGCCGGGCUGGACGACCCGCGGAUCAACCCGGUGGCCGACGGGGCCCCGAGCCUGCGGCGGCUCGGCUGCGACCGCGUCCUCGUCUGCCUCGCCGAGGACGAGCUGCGGCUCCGAGGCAAGGCGUACCACGACGGGCUGCUGGGGAGCGGGUGGGCGGAGGGCGACGCCGAUCUGUUCGACUCCGUCGGCGAGGACCACCAGUUCUUCCUCCGGGAGCCACCGAGCGCGACGGCGCUGGUUCUCAUGGACCGGCUGGUCGCGCUCCUCGGUGCCGGUGUGAACCAGCAGUAGACCAGACGACAGACGUGUGGAGAGACGUCAUGUGCUUCUACAAAUAGAGUACAAAACAGAACACCGCUUUUGGUGUUGUGAAAUCGUAUCAGUGAAUCUGUUCCAGAACUGGAUGUAUGUGGAAUUUUAUGCGUAUGAUGCGGGCA